UUGCAGAAUGUGCCUCCAGCUAUACUCCUCAGGUUCCUUCGGGAGCAUCGCUCAGAGUGGGCAGACAACAACAUUGAUGCUUACUCAGCUGCAGCUGUUAAAGCUGCUCCCUGUAGUUUACCGGGGUCUAGAAUUGGAAGUUUUGGUGGUCAGGUUAUCCUUCCACUGGCUCACACAAUUGAGCAUGAAGAGUUCUUAGAGGUCAUUAAGCUGGAAAACAUGGGCAGUGGUCAGGAUGACACAAUUAUACCUAGGGACAUAUUUCUCUUGCAACUCUGUAGUGGUGUGGAUGAGAAGGCUGUAGGAACCUGUGCUGAGCUUACUUUUGCUUCAAUUGAUGCAUCUUUUGCUGAUGAUGCACCUCUUUUACCUUCUGGUUUCCGUAUCAUACCGCUCGACUCUCGGGUGGAUGCUGCCAGUCCAAAUCGUACACUGGACCUUGCUUCUGCUCUUGAGGUGGGGCCCACUGGAAGUAGAGCAUCUGGUGAGUAUUCUGGCAAUUGUGCUUCUAGAUCCGUGAUGACUAUAGCAUUUCAGUUUGCAUUUGAGAGUCACCUACAAGAGAAUGUAGCAUCCAUGGCUCGACAGUAUGUCCGUAGCAUUAUAUCAUCUGUUCAAAGGGUUGCACUGGCUCUCUCCCCUUCUCGUCUCAAUUCUCAUGGUUAUCUUCGGUCACCACCUGCCACUCCUGAAGAACAUACACUAGCUAGGUGGAUCUGUCACAGCUAUAGGUGUUAUUUAGGGGUGGAGCUACUCAAAUCUAGCGGUGAAGGAAGUGAAUAUAUUCUCAAAACCCUUUGGCACCACUCUGACGCAAUUAUAUGCUGCUCAUUGAAGGCUUUACCAGUUUUUACUUUUGCGAAUCAAGCGGGUCUUGACAUGCUUGAGACAACUUUGGUUGCACUUCAUGACAUAACUCUGGAGAAGAUAUUUGAUGAUCAUGGGAGAAAGACACUGUGCUCAGAGUUCCCCCAGAUAAUGCAGCAGGGGUUUGCAUGCCUUAAAGGUGGCAUCUGUUUGUCUAGCAUGGGCAGGCCAGUCUCUUACGAGAGAGCUGUUGCUUGGAAGGUGUUGAACGAGGAAGAAAAUGCUCACUGUGUUUGUUUCCUGUUUGUCAACUGGUCUUUUGUUUGAAUUCUAAAUCUGAUUGAAGUAGGUGUGAAGCACAAGAGAGAACCCUUCAGCAUUUGUAAGUGAGCUUAAUUGGCGAACCUGGCCCUGCCUUUUGUCUUUUGAGAUAUGUCUUCAUGUUUCGAGGGUCUCAAUACUUGCGUAGUGUUGGCGAAUUUCAUCUUUGAACCUUGGUACCUUAAUAUUUUUGCAGUUUUAUGUUCCUUCUUUUCAA